AUGACACUGGAUGCCGAGUUAAUAAUAUUCGACAUAGUUAAAUUGCUGUCAGUAGGAAACAGCUCUAUCGAACUACUACCAGAGAGUACACUAUAUGGUUUCGACAAAGAAGACAUGCUUUCUAAUUGGCACACCACAAACGGCUCUUCAGAACAGUGGGAGCUAUGGCAAAGCGAUAAAUACAGAUUAGGUAUACAUUUCCCCAUAUUCCGCGUGCCAAUAGAUACACCUGUUCCGGUAAAACAUUCUUUAAUUGAUCGGUUGAUCAGUUUACCAAGUAAUUUGGUUUCCGCAAAGCAAUUGUCGUGUUUUCAUGCUUCGACAGAACGAGUCCAUAUGGGACAACUAGUGUACAAAUACAACCAUACGGGUGGAAAUAAUGGCGACUAUGUGCAAGCAUGGGCAUCUAUGCAGUAUUAUCCUUGUGUUGAUCGGUUUUUUGAGAGAGACAACCUAUACAAUCUUCCGGAGUUGCGUCCGAUGCCAUUUGCUCAAAGCACAUUUCGAAAUCAAUCAUCGACAUUUGUUUCUAUAAUAAUGCAUGCGUGGUGGGGGCAAUUUACAGAAACUCUAAAAAACGGAAUGUAUUGGCCACCACCGCAUUACUUUAGACCGGUUUAUAUUUCGAUGCAUAUUUGGCACAAUGCCGCAGGGUUUAUGCUGUUAAAAAGAAAAACAUAUGACAUGUAUGGACCUGUCGGAGCUCGAGAUGCAUAUACUUUGCAAUUAUUAUAUCAACAAAAUAUAUCAUCGUGGUUUUCUGGAUGUCUGACAACCACCCUCAAGUUUCACCCGUUGACUCAAUCUGCUAACGACUUGAGAAAGCAUGUUCUAGUUGUCGACGUACAGCGAGAUCUAUUAGACACUCUUGUUCCACCAGAUAUAUUACGGGAAAAUGUUAGAUGGAGCACGGCAAUCUACAAAGUUACUUCAGUGAAUCAACUCGAUGAGCAAUUCGAAGAAUUUAACCAAACUGAACAUAGGUUUCACGAACUACUUAGUUCCAAAUUAGUAUUGACAAGUCGUUUACAUGUAUUGCUACCCUGCUUAGCGUUGAAGAUUCCAGUUAUGUUUAUUUUUCCAUUUGAGGCUUACCAUCGAGAUGGUCGUUUUCACGGUCUGGUCAACAUUUUGGUAGAUCACGUUUAUUCCGAAAAAGAUCGUUAUUUUUGGAAAAAUGUAACUCAUCCUUUCCCUAUGGAUUGGAUAAAUCCUAGACCACAGAAUACCGCGAAAACAGAAAUAUUAAGAAUGACAAUUAACGGUCUUCAUAAGAGAUUGAAAUUGGAACGGGAAUUUCGUGUUUGGGGAAACUUCUAUGGUGUCUUCGAAUAA